AAAGGACAGGUAGACUAGCAAUCAUACCUGACAAUCGGCCUUUGGUCUAUGUGAUAAUAGUGCUGGUAUGGGAUUUUCAGAUCGAUAUAUCGAUAGAGGACAGCCAUCGGGUACUGUACUUUGAUAUGUUUACGUGUAUGGUGAGUUCGUGUCAUUCUCGCUGACAAUAUCACACACAUCACAGCUGUUCUCUGAGCAUUCCCACAAUCCAAACCACGAGAGUCGCUUGUGUUAAUUCAACAAUUCGUCACCUACAGAGUCGCACCAAUGAAUCCUAGAACGGAGCCGUGUUCCACUUGGCAACAAUUCCUCAAUUAGAUUUGCAUAUUGCGUAUUUAUGAUGUCAGACCAUCUUGCAAUCUGAAUGGAUAUUCUUGUCAUUUGUAAUUAAACGUUGUUUUAAAGAUCAUCACCAAUCGAGAAGUUAAAAAGGGAAUUCCAAGUUGGAUAUCUAGAAUUAACCAAUGUUGAUAGACAUCUGUUACAUUACUGAGAUUUUCUGAGAAAAUGGGAAACGGGUCUUCUAUAGAUACGUCUAAAACGAUCUACCUGUCAAUAGCUGGCAAAGGCGAAAAGAUCAUUCUGAGUCGGUUCUGUGGUUCCAGAGAUAUACAUGACCUGAUAGCACAAGUAGCUGGAGUUAGCAGAUACUCGGGAAUUACACUGAGGGACAGCGAUGGGGCCCUGGUACCAAUAUCACCGUCCAUGGCGAAGAACGUAGCGUCGUCGCCUUAUGAAGUUAACAUCACAUCACCCACCUUAGCAAACAUUGACCUGGACGGUUUGGGUGGAGCAGGCGAUGGCGAGGCUUUUAAACAGGUGUUAACCCACGUCACGGAACAGUUCAGCAACUCUCAAAAUGUGGAUUUGAGCAGAGUAUUCAAAGUGGAGGAGAUGCGAUCGGAUCUAACAAACCGUAUCAACAUACUGGAACGACGCCUUGAACUCGAGGGGCUGAAAGCGGUUGAAAUCGAAAAGUGCAAGCGGGAUAUAUCCGAUAUUAAAAAUCAAAUGUUGACUUCUCAGAAAAAGGUUAUUGACUUCAACAAUAUGAGACCAAUGUAUUAUAAUGGAUGUUAUAGUGCUUUGAGUGAUGAACGGAAAAUCAGCCUGAAGAGAGACGUCCCAUCCUACCCAAAGUAUACACUUUCCCAAGAAACGGUCAAUUAUCUGAAGCAGCCAACGUUUGACAUUUGGCAUUGGGAGCCGAAUGAGAUGCUUAGUCUCCUGGAACAUAUGUACCAUGAGCUGGGACUAGUGACGGAAUUUAACAUCAAUCCUAUAACAUUGAAACGCUGGCUGCUUUGUGUUCAGGAGAACUACAGGAACAACCCUUUUCACAACUUCCGGCACUGUUUCUGUGUGACUCAGAUGAUGUACGGGAUGAUCCAUCUCUGUAAACUUUGGGAGAAGAUGUCACGUGAGGACUUGGGCGUGCUGCUGACGUCAUGCAUCUGUCACGAUCUUGAUCAUCCGGGUUACAAUAACACGUACCAGAUCAACGCGCGGACAGAACUGGCUAUCCGCUACAAUGAUAUCUCUCCCUUGGAAAACCAUCACUGCGCAGUCGCAUUCAAAAUACUCUCAAACCCAGAAUGCAAUAUUUUUGCAAAUACAGAUAAAGAUGUUUACAAACGGAUACGCGCUGCUAUGACUAUGUUGAUACUAGCCAGUGAUAUGGCACGCCAUGGUGAGAUUAUGGAAUGUUUCAAGGCUAAGAUAGAACUAGGCUUUGACUACCAGGAUAAAGAGCAGAUGGAAACGCUGAAGAUGGUGUUGAUCAAGUGUUGUGAUAUCUCUAACGAGGUACGGCCGAUGGAGGUGUCAGACCCGUGGGUGGACUGCCUUCUGGAGGAGUAUUUCAACCAGUCUGACAGAGAAAAAAUGGAGGGACUACCUGUGGCUCCAUUCAUGGACCGAGAAAAAGUGACAAAACCUACGGCACAAAUAGGAUUCAUCAAGUUUGUUCUCAUACCCAUGUUUGAGACGGUAGCCCAGCUUUUCCCCAUUAUAGACAGCACGAUGGUUGAGCCACUUAGGAUCGCGCGAGAUCGGUACGAGAAUAUGAAGGAGAAGACCGUUCUUAAUACAUCGGGGAAGAAGGACGACUCGUAGCAGCCCAAUCACAUUGAUGUUCGACCCUGACCGAGUGGACAUAUUGACGUGCUACUGUGAUGAGGCGCAAUUUAACAUAUCACAUGUACAUACAAAAUAUCAUCACUGCCUUUGUAUUUCAAAAAUCGACUGUUCUCAUACAUACACAGUGUAAAUUAAAGGGAGACAACUAGUAUAACCGUCGUCCUCCUUACAAUAUACUCUAUUUAUAAUUAAAUAAAUAAUAUUUGAUUCGAUCAUUUCAAUCAGUUUAGAAUGGAAAUCCCUGUCAGUCGUUAAUCAUUUAUAAAUUUAUAAAGCAGUUAUUAAAGUUUCGAGAACAUUAACAGGUAAGCACAAUCAAUCAAUUGCGUGAUUGAUUGAUUGAUUGUUUGAUUGAUUGGUAAACACGUGACAUUAAGUUGCUAUAAUGUACAGGUAAGUUAAAAUUCGAUGUGAUAUUUGUAAACGUGUUGACGGGUAAGACCUACGUUUAACUAUAGAAACAGAAAUCGACCCAAUGGUUACCAUGGUUACCAUGAAUGAUCAUUGUGUUUUCCUAUUGUUUGUAUUUAAAAUCUACCAUAUCAUUGUACGGUGCAUUGUUUGGUUACCUUUGUAUCGUUUUAAUAUUAGAAUCUAUCAACUUUAUAAAGACGUGUAUAUUCGUGUGAAGUUUUACGAAACGCCAUAUUAUAUGGGAGAAAUAAGUCUCCAUGGUGACGAGACAGGAUUCUGAUAGCUGUGAUUACUUAGGGGUAACAUGGUCCUAUUGUUGUUUGAUUACUACAUUGUUACGUGUGAUUACAAUGUUUCUAACCCUGAAAAACUCCAUCCGCUAUAUAAUCUUAUGGUAGAGAGAAUUCUGAACGCCAUUCCUGGCUGUUUAGGAGCCUAAAAUCAUAUGUAUUAAUUAAAACAUAUCACUAAAAUGUUGUCAUUGUUCAAUACGUCUUCAAUCAAGCUAGUCAAUCAGAAAGGAUAGCUUGGUAUAUUCUAAGUAACGAUUUUUCGAAAAAAAAUGGUAUGCAAAUGUUCUUUUCCAAAUCUUGCAAAAAUCUGUCGUAAUUUAAGAAGUUUGGGACCUUGCUGAUAAGACUAAAUGUAUGCAGUUUUCGAAGUACUAGUAGUUCAAACAAACAUUAUUUAUCUGGAAAUCAUUCAGUUCUGGUAGUCACUUGAAAAAAGAAUGUGAUUCGAACAACAAUUUUUCCUCUACAAAAAGUAGAUAAUUAUGGCGCUUUCCUGAUUGUUCCGCUGUUAAAAUAGUUUUGCAUCAUAUUGUCUUUGAUAAAACUGUUAUAUACAUAUCAUCAUUUUCAUGGAGACGGUGAUUACAUAUGAUAGAAUGGAAACAUAGAGAAAGUUUCAACAUAUUGUGAAGUUAAAGUUGACAAAGUUUAAACACUUUAGACGCAUGUAUAUAUUGUUACCUGGUUCGUUAAUGACUCGAAGGUGCUUGGAGGUGACCCAUUAGGUGUUGUCAAAGUUAUCGCCCCGGAAUCAAUAUCACAGCUUUAUUUUCGAAUAUCAAAGUUUGAUUUUGUUUUUUUCAUAAUGUUCUUCUUAUCAUUCAAAAGCUAAAGAAAUACAAUACCAGAACAUGUCUCCGUGACGUCACAACGAUGGCAGCCGCUGGAUCCAAAUCACGUGACACUUCAUUAUAAACAGUAAUAUAUUAAUCAUUUGUUAUUGAAUCAGUUUACGACACAUGUUGUAAAACGUCCGGUUUCAUCAAGGAAUAAACUGAUAGAAAAGUACAUUUUGUAAGUGUUAACAUUAUGUUAACACGAAUAUCAGUGUCAUAAAAUAUCAUAAAAGCCUAAAAAUUGUGCUUUGUAUUUCGUAUAGUGCCUUUCUGUACACGUUAGAGAUAAACACCUCCAUGCAUCUUAAAACUCUGUAGAAAUCAAAUUAGUGGAUGUGAUAUCAUCUUAAUGAUUAUUUUAUAUUAGUUGAUGUUAGUUUGUUUUCUUUUAAAAUGUUAAUUAUAUUUCGCGUGGUUGACUACAAAGAAUUAGUACGAAAAUGUUUUCUCUAAUGGUUCGCCCAAUAGGUUGCACACCUGUACUGGCAUGCCUUGCACGUGCAGCUUAUGAGCUGGCAAGUCAGUCCAGUGAAAGGCACUGGUCGGAACGGACGGGUUCAACUUUUCGUUUAUUUUUAUUUUUCAUUAUGACACAAAUAUUGUACAUGGUUGUUAUUAUUGUGUAUUUCCUAACAUGAUGAAAAGUUUGUGAAAAUUUUGUAAAAAAUAAUGAUAAUUAAACGAUAUUAAUGGUUUUGUCAGCCCGCUGCAUGCCAAUGCCUUGUGAACAGUCAACUGGUGUUACCUGGGUGGGUCAUUGGAGAAUUUAAUGUUAAUGUCUGUGUUAUAUUUAACUAUGAUAAGAUAGUCAUAUAAGGCCUUUGUUGUGAUAAAACACAAAUACAUAUUUUUUAUAUAAAAUGUGUUAGUAGCACGUGUUUUGACGUCAUAAGUUCCACUGCAUAACGUCAUCUAUUACCUGUGAAUCAAUCCCCUUGCUCAUAGCUUUGUCGCUAUACUAGUAGUUAAACAAUUCCUAUUGGGAAUACUUGUUUGUGAUAUCGUACGACGUUCCAUUGUAUGGAGACUAGUGCUGUUUUGUGAUAUAAAUAAAAUAAAUGUUUAGGGGUUUAAUUUUAUUUUACAGAAUUAUUUAUGAUUAAACUGAGCUGCGUGUUUACUUUUAUACGUAAAAUGAGGAUGAUACGAUUUUGUAUUGCGUAUAUUAUGCUCCUGUAUGAGAGAGCUAUUUAUAAACAAUUUUAAGACGUCGUCUAUGUCUUGUAAACUCUGUAUCAUGUUUAACUUGAUUCUCUAACAAUAUCGUUUUGAUAAUUUCUGGAAGUUCCGCUGAGAUUUAGACACGGGGUCAUCAUUCACUCCCUGUAGCGUUAGACAUUAAAAUGUUACACAUUGUAUACGAUUGGUGUAUUGUCACGAGUUCUUGUACUUUUAUAUUCAUGUAAUACAAUGUUGUGGUUGUUUGUACCUUCUGACGUCAGCAUCAAUGAUGACGUCAUAGACGAUGACGCCAUGCACUGUAACGUUACAUUCCGUCCCUACUUUUGUUUAUUAAAAUGAUGUUUCAACAAAA